AUGCCUCACAGUGGCGAGCAUGGCAAUGAUAUUGUGCCAGAUGAGGACUUCCAGGAAUGGAAUGAAACACCUCCCAACGAGUACACUUCCCUUCUCCCGAAGCCGAUCGACCCCGAAGCCGCGCCAGUAAAUUGUCAUUGGAGCGGAAGACACGAAGGCAAAGUGACAAGGGUGCGGAUACUGCUUGCAGAGUUUUGGAAGUUGACGCAAGGUUCCAUUCCUGUCAUUUUGGCCUACACGCUGCAGAUGAGCCUACAAACCGUCACCGUCAUCAUCAUUGGACACUCGUCUCCAAUGAAUUUGGCUGUCAGCGCAUUCUCAAUGAUGUUUGCAUUGGUCACUGGGUGGAUGAUUGCACUUGGUGGAACAACUGCGCUGGAUACGCUUGCUUCAUCUGCGUUUACUGGGAGUGGAAACAAACACGACCUCGGAAUUCUUCUCCAACGAGCAUUCCUGGUUCUUGGUCUCCUUUACGUCCCCGUUGCUGUUCUAUGGGCCUGCUCGAAUGCAUUUUUCCAAGCUCUUGGACAGGACCCGGAGCUAUCCUAUCAAAGCUCCCGAUUUUUGACGGCUUUGAUACCGGGCGGCCUAGGGUAUAUUUACUUUGAAAUCAUGAAAAAGUAUUUGCAGGCCCAGGGAAUAAUGAGCGCCGGAACGUACGUCCUCAUGAUCACCUCGCCUUUCAACGCAGGGCUUUGCUAUUUCCUCUGUUAUACCCUGGAUGUCGGACUUCUCGCGGGUCCUAUCGCCGCAGGUAUCUCAUACUGGCUCUCUUUCAUUCUCCUGGUGCUAUAUGCCCGAUUCGUUUCUGGUUCUGAAUGCUGGGGUGGGUGGUCGCGAGCGGCCCUGGAAAAUCUGGGGACCUUCGCAAGACUAGCCAUCCUAGGGUUCUUCCACGUCGGUACUGAAUGGUGGGCAUUUGAAAUCGUUGCACUGGUAGCUGGGCGACUGGGCACAAUUCCACUUGCUGCACAGAGUGUCAUCAUGACGGCUGAUGGGAUCCUCAAUACAAUUCCAUUUGGACUUGGCGUUGCGACUUCAUCCCGCCUCGGUAACCAGCUUGGUUCCCGAAAUGCGAAGGGGGCAUCACUGACCGCGCACUCGUCGGCUGUCCUCUCGGUGAUAUUCGGCGCCGUGGUCCUUACGGUCCUCAUGAGCACUCGUGAUAAUUUUGCCAAAAUAUUCAACACUGACCCACGGGUCGUUGAGUUGACUGCAGACAUCCUACCAUUUGUUGCGCUGUUUCAAAUAGCGGAUGGUUUGAAUGGGAGUUGUGGCGGUAGUCUGCGAGGCAUGGGCCAACAGCAUCUUGGUGCUGCGGUGAAUCUUGUUAGCUACUAUUGCUUUGCGUUACCUUUAGGUAUAUACCUCGCAUUCCAUGGAUGGGGACUCAAAGGCCUAUGGGUAGGCCAGUGUAUUGCACUAUAUUGUGCUGGAAUUUUGGAGUGGGGUCUUGUGACCUUCACAAAUUGGGAGUCUCAGGUACACAAAGCUUUCCAGCGAAUGGAUGACCAAGGCAACUUGGACUCGGGAGUUGGACCAGAGAUAGGGGAGGAUCAAUGA